GACAGAACACGCCUAACAUACGUAGUUGUAAGCACAUAAUUGUCAUUUUAACAUCAAGAGCAACGAUGUCUGAUAUUUUGAGCAUAUACAAGAUAUCUAUUAUUGGAUUUGCAUUGUGUUUUGGUGUGUCCAGUUCUGGGUGUCCGGUUCUUGAGUGCUGGUUUGUCCAGGAGAAGCCGGGUCAUGGAGGAGGUUUCUCAGUACCAAUGAGUCAAGAGAAAUCUCUAAUGUUCAUCAGAACUGAAGCCUACAGUGAAGACACCAUAUCUGAUCUUCAUCCUCCUGGAGACAUCAGCACAUCCAGAGUUUACUAUGUGACUGAUCCAGCUGGCACGUUCUGUAGUGCCGCCCUGAACCCACCCAAAGGCUCUGUGAACAAACCAAAGUGUGAGAUUAACCCGUUCAUGCCUCACGCCUCCAUGGUCAGAUGGGCAUCAGCUCUCACUGACUCCGCCCAAAGUCCAGUCUACCUGCAAGCUGAUUGGUUCUCAGUGGCGGCACAAGGGCUUGAUGAUCAGCUGACGUUGUCCAAUAUUAUGCGAGCGCCUUCAGCUUCUAAAGAGCCAAACGUCAUUCUCAGUGUCUCCAGUAAAACUCCUGUGGUCCGCUCUAGACUGGGAGAACCGGUUCUGUUAGACUGUGGGUUCUGGGUCGACCCGUCUUCUCUAGUCCACGGCUCUGGAUUCUCUGUCGAGUGGCGUUAUCAGUUUCGGGGUGAAGGACGGCUGGUCCUCGCUUACGAUGGCAAGAACGAUCGGUUUGCCGAGACAUCAGAGACCGGAGCCGAUAUAGACAUCACAGGCCUCUAUGAAACAGGAAAUGCAUCUCUGAUUCUGGAAGAAUCUCAAGUGAGACACUCAGGAACGUACAUCUGCACAGUGUAUCUUCCACAUCUGCUGGCUCAGGUAGCCGUGGACCUGGAGAUAGUUGAGCCUCCAUCUCUCUCCAUCUACCCUUCUCCUCUUCCUCUGCUGGUUCCUGGGCAGGUGCUGCUGGUCCAGUGUGAAGCGUCUGGUUUUGCUCCUCACACUCUGGAUCUGGGCUGGGAGUUCACCGGGGCUGAUGGGAAGUCCCGCUCUCUGGGUCAGGGUGGUGUAACGGGUCACAGACAGGCGUCUGAUGGUACCUUCAGUCAGAGCAGUCGUCUGGAGCUGGACUCGGGUAAGAUGAGGCUCGGUCGCGGCGGUGACAUCACCUGUGUAGCCAAACACGACGGAGGAACACGGCGAGCUACAGCGACACUCAGUGUGAUUGGUGUCAGUGCUCCUUCUAUUGAGGACUCGAUGGCGAUGGUCGCUGUUGCUCUGGUGCUUUAUGGCAUGAUAAAGUUUCUCUACUGGACAUUCAGCUCUUCUGACUCCAGUGAUUCUGAAUUAGAGAAUAAGAAGGAGAAGUAAACCUGGACCUGGAGGUGAUCCUGAAGGCUGAAUAGUGCAGAGAAACUGCUUGUAAAUAAUCCUGUCAGAAUAGUUUUAUGUUGUGUUUCAGUCUAUGCUUAGAAUUUAAGAUUCUGUGUUUGUGUUUGGGUUGGUUACUCUCUGCAGGUAUUUUUAUAUUAAAAGAUUUUAAUGAUAGUUCGUUGUACAGAUUCUGAAAAAAGUGGAUUAUUUUAUUUUAAAUAUUGCGUUUUGUUUUUGUACUGUGAAUUUUAAGCGUUUGUCAAAGAUCUUUAUCAAUUGUUUAUAGAUAUGUAAGUGUAGUGCUUCAAAUAAGUAAUGACCUGUGUGUUGAGAAUCAUUAGUUAUCUGACUUUCUCUCUCAAAUCUCGAGUCCCUGAGUGGAUCAGGCUGAAGAUGGAUUCAAUUAAAAAAAUUAAAAGUUGAUUUAUUUGUGUUAUAAACAGCUAAAAUACAGAAAAUACAUGUAAAUCUCCUGAUACGUGAAGUGAAAGUUCAGAUCAUCACACAUCUGAUCUCACGUUCACGUCACUCACUGUUUUAUUACUGUAUCUGACAAAGUAAAAAAA